AUGUCUGAGGGCCCUGUUAUGUAUUUGUCCAAGACUGAGCCGCUGCGGCCUAACCAUGGCCUAAAGAUAUCGGGCCUCACAAGGAUGCAAAGCGAUGUCGGCGCCAAAACUGCGCUUACAGAUUCUUGUCCUACGAAUCCGCCGAAGACGGUUAACCAAGAAGAUGUGAGCCCCGGCUGCCAUGCCCCAUCUCUCACCCCUUCGAACGGGUUGUUAUCUCCGCUCGCCAUCCCGGAAAACUGUCAUGACACUCUCACACCAAAGAGCGGGCAUACUGGACCCUACCAUGCGAGUGCAGAUCCAUUAAUCAUCAACACUGUUACUCCACCAUUGACACCUCGAAAACCCUCCUUUGACAGAGGUGAGCAGCUAGUUUCAUCAACCGCAUCAAGCCCGUCCAGUCAACUAUCUCCAUUAAGGGCGGCAUCUCAAUCCUUCAAAUCCAUUUUCCGUCGCAACGUGCAACAAAAUGAGGAUACACAAGGGACGUCAAGCUUGGGCACUUCUCCGAACGGCAUCGGUGAUGGAACUGGGAGUGCUUGGAUAGGUCCAGUCGCUCACAAUUCCCAAAACUCCCAACAUACCUCGACAUCUAACUCUCCUCGAUCCUCAUUUUCGCCCUUUGACAUGUCUGAUUCUGGUGCCACUGGGGUUUUUGGAACCUCUGCACCUUUACGAGAAGCUCCGAAGCCAGGAAGGACAACUACAGGGCGAAGUCUGAAAGAGAGGAUCAAGUUUGCAGCUGCUUCGCGACCACGAGAUCAUAAUGACAGGAUACUGCGCUCUCCUAGUCUGGGUAAUACGAAAACACAACGUGAAACACCGGACUUUGCUUUCCCUGCCAACUCCGGGGUCGGGUUGAAGGCCCGUCGGAUGAGUGCAAGCCUCCCUGAGGAUUUUCAUGUAGACUUGUGCGAGCUCAGCGAGGAGUUUGUCAGUGCGAGUAGGAUACCGGGUAGACGGGGAAAGGAAAUCGGGAAAGGAGCUACAGCCACAGUGAAGAUAAUGUACAGGAAAGGAUGCUCCAAAAACGUCCCGUACGCGGUCAAAGAAUUCCGCAAACGCGGCCGAAACGAAACGGAAAGGGAGUAUGAGCAGAAGGUCAAGUCUGAAUUCAGCAUAGCCAACAGCCUCCAUCAUCCGAAUAUUGUGAAAACACUUUUGCAAGGCGUCGCCUAUUUGCACGAGAACGGGAUCGCGCAUCGUGACAUCAAGCUUGAGAACCUGCUUCUUUCGAGCGAAGGACAUCUCAAGAUCACAGACUUCGGCGUCUCUGAAGUCUUCAGUGGUAUUCAUCCCGGCCUGCGGUCUGCCGGUGGAGAGUGUGGCAAGGCAAUGGGGGAGGUGACUACGAUCCCCGCCCCCUUGAUGUCUGGUCCUGUGCCAUCGUUUGCUUGGCACUUUUCUUUCCGCGGCACACCUUGGCAGGCUGCGAGGUUGACAGACGUCAAUUAUGCCAAAUUCAUUGCUGGCUGGGACAAUUUCCUGCUAAAGAAACCGGAUGGAAUUGUUACCGAAACAGAGUACCCUUCAUGCGGUCGAAUUUUCUCAGCUCUUCCAAAGGCGGCUCUCAAGCGUCUUGUCCUGCGAAUGCUGCACCCAGAUCCGGAGAGGAGAAUAACCAUCCAUGAUGCCCUGAGGGACCGGUGGGUGAGCAGAAUCGAAUGCUGUUGUCCUGACCCGAAGGACACGGUCAAACCGGUUAAUUCGAUCGAUGCGGCCAAAGGAAGUGGCAAGCAUGCUGGCCAGAUGAAAGUGCAGAAGGUACAUAAUCAUUUACCACCGGAAAAGAGACGCAUGGGUUGA